AUGACAGUUUCUCCUGGACAGCCUGGCUCUAUAUCUGAUGAUGCGGAAGUUGUAACUCUUGUUGCAAGUGGCCAUGAUGCUAGUCUCAUAAAUCAGAAAGAAGUUCAUUGGGGGCUGCUUGAAGAUUCUUUAGAAGAACGGUUAGAAAAGACAGGAGGUUCGGUUCCAGACUCAGAAAAGUUUGACGGAGAUCCUAAGGAAAGAGAAGUGGAAGAAAACAAGAAGAAGUCAGUUGAAGGUGGUAAACAAGGUGCACCUCUUAAAAAACUAAAGAAGGACAAAGUUGGGGUUGCAACAGGGAAAUCUUCUCGUACAGAGAGUAGCACGGUGACAACUGCACCACGUGUCAAACCGGAACUUGCUUUACCUGCUAUACCUGUAGAGGUAGAACUUUCUAUUCUGGAGGACUUGAGGAACCGUGUACAGUUGAGUAAUGCAUCAUUGCCCUCAGUUAGCUUCUAUACAUUUGUUAAUACACAUAAUGGACUAAACUGUGCAUCAAUAUCUCAUGAUGGAUCACUAGUGGCUGGUGGAUUCUCAGACUCAUCUCUGAAGGUCUGGGACAUGGCAAAGCUUGGGCAACAAACUGGUCCAUCUUUUUUGCAGGGGGAGACUGAUUCACCUUCAAGUGAGCAUGUGCUUGGCUCAAGUGGUGGAAGGAGAUGUUAUACAUUACUUCAGGGCCAUUCAGGGCCUGUUUAUUCUGCAUCCUUCAGUCCGGACGGGGAUUUUCUUCUUUCUUCAUCAUCAGAUUCAACAAUUCGCUUAUGGAGCACAAAGUUAAAUGCUAAUGUUGUUUGCUACAAAGGCCACAAUUACCCAGUAUGGGAUGUCCAGUUUAGCCCAGCUGGACAUUAUUUCGCCAGUUCUUCACAUGACCGCACUGCAAAGAUCUGGUCUGUGGACAGGAUACAGCCUCUGAGAAUAAUGGCCGGACACUUGUCAGAUGUAGAU